GACCGGAAGUGAAAGGAUGGUCAGCUAUUUUUAUCUUAAAAAUAAAUUAUUUGAAAUGAGCUGCACAGUGGCCAGGGUGUCCCACAAAACUGAAAAGAACUGCUUUAUUGUCUUACCAAAAGAGUUAUGCAAAACAUCGUUAGCCGCUGAAGAGGUACAGGUGUAUGAAGUACAGUUUGGCAGGGAUGAACAUGCUUAUUUUACUGCUACUGGAGAAACAGGAUACAGAGAUGCAGAACUUCAAGUGAAUGGAAUAUAUGCUGACAGACUUGGACUGAAGGAUCCAGAAGUAUUGGUUAGACCUAUUAGUGCAGUGUCAAAAUCACAGAGAGUUUUUAUAGAACCACAGUCAGUUGAUGAUUGGGAGAUAUUGGAGCCUCAUUCUGGGUAUGUUGAAACAAACUUGAUGAACCAGAUUAGAGUUGUAUGGAAGGGACAAGUCUUUCCUUUCUGGGUAGAGAAAAUUGUAUUGUUUUUGAAAAUAAACUCAACAGAACCAGAUGGAAAAUGUGUGAUUUUGAAUGAUGAUACAGAAGUCAUCAUCUCUCCUAAAGUAAGGAGUAAUUCUACUGGGCAAAAUCUUAACCAAUCAAGUCUCUCAAAAGAUUCAGUCAGAAAGUCAUUAUCUCCCAUUAGAAGGAACACCUCACCAAUUGUUCCUAGAAAAACUACCUCUGUGCAGUCACGUCCUACAAGUUUUAGUGCUAACAAUAUUAUGCCAAAUGAAAUAAGACCAAAGAAAAGAUCAAGUUGGAAUCCAUUUAGAAUUGUUACUGGUUUUCUGUCUGCAACUGGUGGUUUUGAUGGUGGCUCUCAUUUCUAUGUUCCACAGACAUCAGUAGAUAGUGAUGAGGAUUGUGGGAGUGUUUCUAGGACUCCAUCAUAUUCUCCUGAAAGAGAAGAAAGUUUUACAAGAAGUACAUGUUUUGGAGGCUUGAAUUUUAAAUUUAGAGUGCAAUCUUUAAAGGUAGAUUUUGACUCCAAUGAUGAAUUGUCAUCAAUUGAAUCAGAAAUUGAUGGUAUUUCAGAGGAUGACUUUCGUUCCAAACUUUAUCUAAAACAACCAAACAUUGUAUUUGUAAACAGUGAAGACAUACAACAACAGAUUAAUAGUAAAAACAUCAGACUUCCUGAUACAUUUUAUGCAAAAUUGACUAGGCUAGAUUCACCUAAAGAUAUUUAUGCUAGAGCAGAAGAUGAAUUGGCUAAGCAGAAAAAAGAAAAGCAGGAUAAAUUAGACCAGUCCUCAGACUCAAUUAAAUCUAAUAGAAGUGAUAAAAAGGAUAAACAGCUGAAUUGUAUUGUUCGUGUUGUGAUUUUGACCAAGAAAGGUCUGCAUUCUGAGCCAGAAUAUGUAGAUUUGAUAUCACAUAUGUUAGAGGAACAGCCAUGUUUGAGAGGUCAUGUGAUUGUUCCAGAUUUAUUACGUCGGUUGAUGAAGUUAGAUGUGACACGACAGAUUUGGUUACAGAGUAUAGAUGAAAAACCAUAUCCAGCGCUGGCAUUUGAUCUCCAACCUGUUGCUAGUCUUCCAAGAGGUUUUGGAAAUUACCAAGUACAAGAAACCUUUAAGAAAUGGGUGAGGGAAACAAGUUCCAGAAAUGUUCCUUUUGUAAUGUUUCCAGGGGUCAUGAUAAAUAUGCAUUUUUUUAAAGAUACAAGUAUAGACAUGCAGGUAUUAUAUCAUGAACAGAAGUUAAAUGAAAGGGAAGGUGCUGUUUACAGUUUGUUACAUUGUGAUAAUCUAGAGGACUUGUCAUUCUUUAUAAAAACUCCUACAAGCAUAGAAAAUUCAAAAUGGCCGAUUCUUCCUAUGUUGUCUUAUAUGGAUGUCAAAAGUAUUGAUCCAUGUUAUCCAAAGGAGAAGUUUGAGGACAUGGGUGGAGUAGAAGAACUAGCUGAGGAGGCAGUCAUUUCAGUAGAGAUUUGCCUGUCAUCCAAACCACUGGGAGAUUCCAUGUUUAGGAAGAUCACCCCUGGUCUUAGAAAUGGAAUGAUUCUGAUAACUGGACCUAAGGGAUCUGGGAAGACCAUGUUUGCUCAUGCAUUAUGUAGGGAGCAGGCAGAAAUACCAAACUUAGCUUAUAUUUUAAAUAUAGAUUGCAAACCAUUACGAGGUAAAAGACCAGAUACCAUUCUAAAGAUAUUACAGAUGGCUUUUGAUGAAGCUGCCUGGCGCCAACCUUCUGUGAUAUUAUUUGAUGAUUUAGAACAUGUGGUGCCAGCCCCUUCUGGACCUGAGGCUGAAAUGAGUGGAGAAGCUAUUUAUGGAUCUAGGGUGGCUGAAGUUUUACGGGAUUUACUGAGGAGAGAAAUAUGUGAUGGGACAAGAAUUGCAGUGAUUGCCACCACUGUUGCUAGAACUUCUAUCAAUUCCUUAUUGGUUAAUUCUAGAGGAACUCAUUUCGUACAGACUACUCUUGCCAUUAAUCCACCAGAUAAGGUAAGAAGAAGGAAGAUUAUUACCUCCAUUAUUAAAUCAAGACCUGUAAUUAAUCCAGCAACCUUGGACAAGGUUGACCUUGACUGGUUACAGUGUCGUACAGAAGGAUAUGUUGCAAGUGACCUCAUGAACUUAGUCAGCAGGGCAUUGCAUGCUCAUUGGUUGAAAUAUGGUUAUGGUGGAGAUACAGAACAUGGAAUAACCCUCUACACUGAAGAGUUCAAAGCUGCAAUAGAAGGGUUCACUCCUGCAUCAAUUAGGAAUGUGUCAUUACAUACAGCAGGGGAGCUAGGUUGGGAUGAUGUUGGAGGCCUUGAGGAUAUAAGAAGUAUAUUAGUAGAGACAUUACAAUGGCCAAGCAAGUAUCCAAAGUUAUUCAGCAAUUGUCCAUUAAGACUAAGAUCAGGUCUUCUGUUAUAUGGUGCCCCUGGAACAGGCAAAACCCUUCUCGCUGGAGUUGUUGCUAAAGAAUGUGGACUCAACUUCAUAAGCAUAAAGGGUCCGGAGCUGCUCAAUAAAUACAUAGGUGCUAGUGAACAGGCUGUUAGAGAUACAUUUCUACGAGCCCAGAGUGCCAGACCCUGUAUCCUUUUCUUUGAUGAAUUUGACUCUAUAGCUCCUAGACGUGGCCAUGACAACACAGGGGUUACAGAUCGAGUAGUUAACCAGUUACUGACACAAUUAGAUGGUGUGGAAGGACUUCAAGGUGUGUAUGUUUUAGCUGCUACCAGUCGGCCAGACCUUAUAGAUCCAGCUCUUCUCAGACCUGGCAGAUUGGAUAAAUGUUUACGCUGCAACUUACCAGACCUUAAUGAAAGGAAAGCGAUACUUACUGCUUUAACAAGAAAGAUAGAAUUAGGAUUUGACGUAGACUUGGACAGUUUUGCAGAGAAAUGUGAAAACUUUACUGGUGCUGAUUUCAAGGCACUUCUCUAUAAUGCUCAGUUAGAGGCCAUUCAUCAUGUGACAGGUCAAGUAAAGAGGGAUAAAUUUGACUUUUCACCUCAAAAGAGUCCUAGUUAUCUUAGAACAAGGAGAAGAAGCAGUAGUUAUGGUGUUCUAUCAAAAGCAGCCGAAUUGGAACGAGAACAGAAACAAUUUAGAUCUGACUUUAUUUACAUGAAGAAUCUGAAUGAAGGGGCUACAGAAUUAUCAGAAGAAAUGGAUGAUCUUCUAACACAACAGGUGCAGCAGAUUAGAAACAGAUUGAAGGUCCACAAAAACACAGAAAAAGUUACAACUGCUGAAAGUCUGUUUUCACCAGUGGCCACUUCUAAAGGUCAAGCAAUACUGAUAUCACAGGAUGAUAUACAGAAAGCUUUCGAUAAAACAAGACCAUCAGUUCCUGCUGAAGAGAGACUUAAAUACCAACACAUUUAUGAGAACUUUGUUUCGUCAAGAGGGGGUAAUUUUGCUCAAAGUCUUAUGGAUGCUGUUGGAGCAGUUGGACAAAAGCAAACAUGUGCAUGAGAAGUGUUUGAACAAAUGUUUGAUGAAAAAGAAGAUUAUGAAAAGAUAUCUCUUUAUGGUGUGCAUGACAAGUGUAACUUCUUUGGUGCUGCAUGAGAACAAAAUCUUUGUUAUGAGAACAGCUAACCAGGAACAAAUAUAUUGUUAAAUAUACUCAGACUGUUUCCAGAGCUAACUUAGUCAAAAGUAAAUGGUAGAAAACUUUCAUUGCUGUACCUACUGAUUGUGUCUUUAUUCUUGCCUAUAAGCACCUGUCUGUUAGUUUUCCUAAAACUUUAGUGUCAAUAUCUACAAAAAUCAAUAGAAUAGCUAGACUUUUAGAAAUCAGAUAUCAAUAUGACUGGACAAUUCUCUGUGAUGUAAAUGCCAAAUCUUUAGACCAUUAUGGAAUUGACAGCGUUGAGAAAUCGAGACAUGCAGAUUAUUUAUUUUCAGAAUUAUUAUGGAUAUACAAUGUACAUUAAAUAUGUGUUGGAAUGGUUUUUUUUGUGGAAACUAAUUAUGUCAUGUAUUUAACUCAAACAAUUGUUUAAGAUGUGCUUAGUUAUUUUUAAAAACAAAAUUUUGGUACAUAUGUGUAUUAUGAUCAAUCACAUCUCUCUUGGAUAUUUAAUAUUUUGUGUUAAUGGUAUUGCAUUGUAAAAUUCGUUAGCACAGUGUUGACAGUGUAUGUCCAUGGUCAUGCUGCUAGACCUCACUUUCAGAUAAAUUCCAAGAAAUGUGCAUUUUACAAUUAGGCAUGAAGCCCCAAAACCCUUACCAUUCAUGGGCUUUUGUAUAGUACUGAAUAAUCUGUGUUCAAUUAAACAGAUAUUUCAUUCUUUCUAAAUCAGUAACAGAAUAAAUUAUUUUAAGUAUUUGAAAGGUUAUUCAAAAAAAUCCUAGUCUUCAAUUUUAUGUCUUUUUGCUUGCAUUUUUUUCUGAAAUCUUUGGACUUGAUUCUAAUGAAAUCCAACCAAUGAGCAUAGAAGUAUGAUGUGUAAGUGAUCUUCAUUUGCAAUCUUUGCAUGUGUCUUUGGUUGUCAACUUGCUAGAAAAUAUUCUGAUCUGAUGAAGAGAAAUGAUUGCCGUGUGUAUUCAAUUUAUGAAAUAUAGAUUGAACAAUUAUUAAUUAUGAAAUAAAAGAAUGAAAUCCACCUUAUUAAUUAGCUUCAGUCUGUGUUUUUAAGAGAUACAGCAUUUAUUGUUUAUGAUCCCUUUCUAAUAAUCAGAAGAUGUUUAAAUGAAAUUAUUGUAAGGCAUUUUAUUUAUUGAUGUUGAUUAUUUUAAUUUUUAAGUUUGAAUACUUUUGAUACAUAAUUU